AUGAUCUCUCCUAAAUACUCAUUAACACAUUACUACCUCGGACUCAACACAUUGUCUGGAGCCAAGAAAGCACCUCACAUUGUCAAUUUGUAUCUCGACUACACUUGCCCAUUCAGUGCCAAAUUGUUCCUCAAACUAUUCCAAACAGUUAUCCCCAACUUGCAAAAAAAACACCCCGACGCAUUCCAAUUUGUAUUUGUCAAUGCAAUUCAACCAUGGCACCCCAAUUCCAUCUUUUUGGGUGAGUUUGCAUUAGCGUAUGCAAAAUUGUUGCGUGAAAACCCAAGAGGAGACGAACAUGAAUCAUUUUGGAAAUUUAAUAAAGCUGUAUUUGAGAAUCAAAAGCAAUUCUACGACAAUUCCAACAUCAGAUUGACAAGGAACGAGAUCUAUGGACAGAUUUACGAUGUUGUUUCCAAGGAACUUAACUUGCAUGUCGAUAAAGAUAAAUUGUUGGCUGAACUCAAGAUUAAGGAAGGAGGAGAGCCCGCCAAUGAGGGAAAUGGCGCAACUGUUGAUGUAAAGUAUUUUACAAGAUAUCAGAGAACAGUUGGAGUCCAUGUCACGCCUAGUGUAACAGUGGAUGGAAUUGUGGAUAGUUCCGUCUCUAGCGGCUCCAGCGAAGACGAGUUGAUUAAGGUUUUUGAAAGCAAGUUGUGA